GUGUGGGAUCUGCGUUCCUGUGUUAUAGACACGAACACAUUUGAACCAAAUAUCGGGCAUUAAGUCGAUUGCUGUUAUAGUUUGGUUGUUUCAUAUAGUCUGCCAUGGUUCUUUGAUGCACGCCGCUUCCUUGAGCGUUCACAAAUGCCACAGGAUGUUUCCUACAAGCACACAGAAAAAGCACUGGAUGUUUAAGGAUGAUGAUGAAAUCUUCAAGUGCCGACAGGAGACGAACCGUCGCUUCAUUGAGAAGCAUGGUGCCGGCAUGCCUGAGGACAAGAGGGCCGAGUUUUUCCUCUCUGCUCAAGAGGAGAAGAUUGUGACUCAGUACUAUGAGUACCACUUGCGCGACUUCUGCAAGGUUUUCCAACCACCGAUGCCCAAGGCCGUCCUGGGCACAGCCAGCCACUACUUCAAGCGUUUCUACAUGCACAGCUCUGUGAUGGACUUCCAUCCGAAGGGUAUCCUUGUAACAUGUGUGUACCUCUCGUGCAAGGUGGAGGAAUUCAACGUGUCCAUCGGCCAGUUUGUGGCCAACGUGAAGGGUGACAAAGACAAGGCCACAGACAUCAUCCUCAACAACGAGCUGACGGUGAUGCACGCCGUCAACUACCACUUGACCGUGCACAACCCAUUCCGGCCAGUGGAGGGUCUGCUGAUAGACAUUAAGACCCGUUGUUCCAGCCUGCAGAGCCCAGACCGGUUGCGUGCUGGCAUCGACGAGUUCCUUGAGGCUGUGCUAUUCACAGACGCUGUGCUGCUGUUCGCGCCUGCGCAGAUCGCACUGGCGGCCAUUUUGUACGCUGUGAGCCGCGUGCAGGAGAACCUAGACGCGUAUGUGACGUCACAGUUGCUGUCGUCAGCGUCGCGACCGCAGCUGCAGGCACUGGUGGAGGCGGUGCGGAAGAUCCGGCUGCUUGCCAAGAUGGUGGAGCAGCCGCAGCGCGAUGUUGUGAAGCAGCUGGAGCGCAAGCUGGAGAAGUGCAGGAAUCAGGACAACAAUCCAGAGAGUCAGGCGUACAAGCGGCGUAUGCGGGAGAUGCUGGAGGAGGAGGAUGAGAUCCAGUCUUACAAAGUCGCGCGGGUCGACUCCGAUAGCUAGCCGCCCUCAGAGUGCAACAUUGGCAUCUGAGCGGACGCGCCCCCGUGGACGGGACUUCUUCCGUCAACGCGACGUGCCGGGCAUCAGGCGCGCUACGUUUGCCGGCGGAGUAACUCACCGGAGUGACUCUAACUCACCGCCCACGAAAGAGGCGCGCGCGUCAUGGGACACUGCCUGUGUCGGGCUGGCAAUGAUCGCGUGUGCCGCAGGGCUGCAGAGAAGAGGACAUGUUGGCCGAUCGCAGCAGUGCCACUGGGGCUGGGAUGGAGGUGGCGCGCUCUCCUGGGUUGUCAUGAUACCGAGUGUAGCAUGCGGACACUAUCAGCGGAGUACGCUGGCACGAUGCGUUGUGCUGGGCUGCAAUUGCGUGUAGGACUCAGUUUCGGCAUUGCGACUGAUGAAACACGACAAUAUGCCGUAUCUUGAUCAGUGAAACAGUGCAUUGAUCGAGGCUUUAUGCUACCCGCCCAUGUAUGCUUUGCUUUCCGUCCAGGUCUUGUGUCUGAACUGGGGUUGGUAAAGAGGUUGACUUGUUCGAUACCGCUGGGCCGUAUAGCAAUGCAUAUGACUCGUGCCGCUCUGGGAGCAAUGGCCCAUUAUGUGAUAUAACUUCUUUCGCGCGCACAUUUUUCACGUUGCUGUUCGAACUGAAACUGAAUACAAAAAAGCUGCAAUAGAAUA